GCGAGCCCUAAUAUCUUCUUCUUGUUUCCUUCUCUCUGAGAGAGAGAGAGAGAGAGAGAGAGAGAGUGAAUGGUGAUUGUAUUCGAAGAGAAAGUGGGAUUUUUUUUGGGCUUCUGGUUUUGGCCAACUAGGAAGUGAUUUCACAGCUAAAAUGAUGCUGGUUGCGAAGCAUUAUCGUUGCACUCACUCAUCCUCUUGCUUGUGCACUAAAGGCCAUUUGAGCGAGGAUGUUAUUUUUCUUGUGUUUCAACACCUAAACUGGAACCCGAGAAUGAUUGCGACUCUAUCCUGUGUAUGUAAAUGGUUUGAUGAGAUUGCUAAGCGGGUCCUGUGGAAAGAAUUCUGCCGAACGCGAGCACCGAAGAUGAUGCAGGAUCUACAGUCUUGUGGAAGUCACAGUGUUGAUGGAAACUGGAAAGCACUUGGGAAGCUUCUUAUUUUUUGUUCAGGCUGUAGCAAGAAUGGUCUGUUUAACAGCAUCAACAUUGAAGGCCACUUCGUUCAAAAGACAAGGUUUUCCAGGACUUCAGGCAAAAGUUUUCUUAUGCCACAAUGCAAAAACGAUGUAUUAUAUGUGUCAGACCCUUGUGAGCAUCUUGAUCAGGGAGACGAGGAUAGUGGUUCAUACUUUCGUGGUGAUGUGGGAUUCUUUCGUGGUGUAUUCAAGUCCUUUUCAGUUUCAAGAGUUAAGCAUAUGCUUAUUGAAAGGAAGGCGGAAUUUCAUCCAACAGAAAUGUGCCCAUAUUGCAAAGCAAAGAUGUGGAACAUGCUGCAAGCAAAGAUGAUACCAAAGAGUGCAUGCGCCAGGUUAGGAGCUUACAAUGAUUGCACAGAGUACUAUGUAUGCCUCAACGGGCAUUUGCUCGGGAUAUGCUCUCUCUUACCGCUCACUGAUUCUGAGGAGCCAUCUGAUGUGGAGUGAAGUCAGCUAUGCUUCUCAGGAGUAGGUUGCAAGUUUGUGUUACAUUGACAUUUUGGAGACCUUUUAGCCGUCUUUCUUGAUUUAUUGCACUAACUAUUUUUUGUACAGGUUUUCAAGUUUGGUCGAAAUUUUUAACUCUUUGUGGUAUUCAUUUUCGAUCUUAUUGGUUUACUGCUCGGGAAUCUUUCACAUUUGAAUGGUGACCUCCCCUCACUUUCUCAUCCAAUAGUUUCUAUGACGGGAUAUACGGGUGUCUUCUAUUCGCACGCGAAUGCAAAACCGGUUGGUCAGUCUCUCAGUCUUUUAAUCUUUUUGAUACUCAACACCGAAGAAUUAGAACACCACUUGUGAGGAUCCUUUGUGACUGUAAUGGCUAUUUGUACUGUUCUCUAGCCAGUAAUGUAUACAAUAUGCUCAACUCAUGUACUGUGAUAACAUUUGCUGCUCUCUUGAGAUUGUCAGUUUCAUUAUGUCUUUGCAAGUUUUCAGUGUGACUUGUAAAAUGUAGCUCUCUUGGAUUUAAUGAUUUGAGUAUGAAAGAAAGAGAUGUUGUUUCAUGUA